AUGGUAUAUACUAUCGUCGUUCAUCUUCAAGCUUUACCUGAAGCUGUCGAUAAGAUCAAAGAAAAGUUGAUCGAAGCUGCUUCAAUCUAUCGACAAGAUAAAGAGACCAUCGAUUGGAUAGUCAUGCAAGAUCCUAAAGAUGACACGAAAUUUUGUAUCGUGGAACGAUACGAACAAGAAAGUUCACAACAAUAUCAUCUUGGUAAUCCUUAUUGGAAAACUUUCGAUCCUUAUGUCGUACCGCUCUUGGCCAAACCGAUGGAUCUCACCAGGUGGGAAGAGAUGUGA